AUGUCGACAAUUAUACAUUACAUUAUAUCAUUAUUGUUAUUUUACCUCAGUACGUUCUAUUUAUCAUGCAGUGGUUUAAGCGAAUCUUUGCGAAAAAUACCCGCGAUUGAGGCCAAUGUCACCAACGACGAUGUCACGGAAACGCAGCAUACCAUUUGUAAGAUUGCAACGGAGGAUGUGGUAGCAAACGCACGUGCUACUGUUACAACAGUACUUACUGGAGCUUGUAAAGCAAAGGCGAUGGAUGAAAAGUUUGCAAGAUUAGAAAAAAAAUUAAUCAAAGAAUUCGCGGAUAUUAAAUGGUUACUGUACAACAUUUUGGAGCAACAACCGGAUUAUCUAAAAACUGUACAAAACGCUAAUCUUUAUGAUGGAAUAUCUGAUGAUUAUUUGUCGCCAAGGCAAGAUGAGAUCAAUAAAUUCAACAAUACUGUACAAAAUUUAUCUACAUCAAAUGGUACUGCGAGUGCAUUUGUUUAUUAUUGGCAGAUAAAAAACUUCGACGAGAUGCUGACGAGCUGGCAAACCGGUCGAUCAAUGCGCAGCCCUACUUUUUACACGGGUCAGAGUGGUUAUGCUAUGUAUCUAAAAAUCACGCCGAAAUAUUUUCCAGACGGCACGAUUUUUGUAGGAGUUGGAUUGACACGUGGCCGUUUCGAUGCCGUUCUCACAUGGCCCUUUUCGCAAAAAAUUCGCCUCGAGGUAUUAGAUCAUUCUCUGGAAGGAAUACGCGAAAAUCGACGAUCUCGAAUUUGGGAUCCAGCUACACUUUGUACAGAAAAUUUUUGGGGUAAGCCCGUGAAAGAUAAUCCAGAGUGCGUCGGAUUGAGUAUUUCUAGACGUGUUAUUCGAUCAAAAUCAUUAUCAAUCAUAUCUCAACAAAAUUUGAGAACUACAAGAUAUAUGUGGAAUGGAAGUGUGCUAAUAAAACUUAAUGUUUAUCUACAAAUUAUUUAAGCGUUUUGCAUACCUACGAUUUUAAUAUAUGUAUACAACAAUAAAUGAGGACUUGGAUUAUGCAAAAAGGUCAAAAUGAAGUGAUUGGAACUGAGGAUUAGUAUUGAUUAAAUCGAUGCCAGGAAGCGAAGUAUAACAGGUCGGGUAAGAGUCUUCGUGUAAAAAUCGUAGAAAAAAUAGUCGAGCUUAAGUACUUACAUCGUUCCCACAUCAGAGCCCGCUGAGUUAACGAUUAGAUCGUUCAACCUAGUUCGCCAGUGGUUGUACAUUUUUUCUUUUUUUUUCGUUGAAAUUUUCGACUACAUGCUUAUCUGACGUGACAAUAAAUAUUUGGAAACUGCAAAAGAUGGACCGACGAACUAAACAAUCGUCCAAGAUCAAAGAUUAUAUACUCAUUUCAAUCACAUAUAUGCGCAAUAUAUAUAUUUAGGGCUC